UUUCAGCUGGGCGCACUGACGGCUGACCUGCCGCAGAGAGAAGCAGCGCUCUGAGGAGAGGCAGCAAAUGGGACAACCGGAGCGCAACGCCAAGGAAUAAAGGCUCCCCGUGCGAAUCGUGGGAACAUGACUGACUGACUGAUUGAAAAUCAACAGAAUGUCUCGUGUUCUGACUUUGAUAUAACCUAGACGCUCAUCUGAAGGCUGGAGACAUUUGGAAGAAGAAGAGGACAUCUGUAAAACUUUGCCCUCAAGGCAAGAAGAAGUCCCCCCCAUUCAAAAAAAGUUAGAAUUUCUACUCCUUUACUCUUCACCUUUCUCCUCUUGAUGAAUAUUGGGAUUUCGCGGCGGAUAACACCCGAAUAGAAGAGUGAAAAAUGGAAGAGGGUCAGAAGUGGGGAGUCACUGGUAAGCCGAGUGCGGGGAGGACUUGCGGUGAGCAGCAGCUCCCUUGCAAAAAGCCGCUGUGGAGAAACUGGAGAGAAUUGUCUGGCAUAACAAUUUGCAUAGCAUUAUCUCUCCUGUCCCUUGGAGUUUGUGUUCUGGUUUUUGUGCGGACGUCGGAGUUGCAGUCCAGGAUAGUAAAUCUGGAGCAGCAGCGGGACUCGCAGCUCUCCGCGUGGAUGUUGUCUCUGGAGCAGGUGGAGCCCGUUAUCUUGGGACGACUGGACCAGCUCGUGGAGGAGAAGCUUGCGGCACGACUACCGAAGACACGAGAAGUUAGGGAAGCUCCGCACAACUGCUUGUGUCCACCAGGACCUCCAGGUCCUCCUGGACGAGCAGGCUUUCCGGGUGACAAAGGAAGUAUGGGAAUUCCUGGAAGAAUGGGCUUAAAAGGACAAGCAGGGGAAAAGGGAGCACCAGGAGAGCCAGGGUUGUCUAUCAUUGGACCAAGAGGACCUCCUGGACAACCAGGAACAAGAGGAUUUCCAGGCUUUCCAGGUCCAAUUGGGUUGGAUGGCAAGCCUGGACAGAACGGCCUGAAAGGAGACAUGGGUCAGCGGGGUCCUAAAGGAGUCCCAGGGGAACCAGGUCCUAAAGGAGAGAAGGGUGUCUGUGGUGACUAUACACACCGGAAGCGGCGUAUUGUACAGCCCUGUGUUGGACAGUUGGCCACACAGGGCGAGCCUGGAGCGCAGGGCCCACCAGGACCUCCGGGCCCCCCCGGCCCCCCUGGGACCCCUGGCCUGAAUGGAGCUAGUGGCCCACCGGGUAAGCCUGGUGAACCGGGCAAACCAGGAAAAGACCCAAGGGUGAGCUCUGCUUUACCAGGAAUGAAGGGUGAGCCAGGCAUGCCUGGACAAAAGGGUGAUCGAGGCGAUGCUGGUCCUGAAGGUCCUGAAGGUCCAAAGGGACUGAAAGGAGACCAAGGAAUUAAGGGUGAAAAGGGAGAGCCAAGCAUUGCAGGCCAAGGAAUCAAAGGAGAACCCGGCUCACCAGGACUGCCAGGCCUGAUGGGACCAAAGGGUGACAAAGGUGACCAGGGAAACAAGGGGGAAGUAGGCCCUGAGGGCCCAGCAGGACCAAGGGGUCCUCCAGGCCCAACAGGCGAGCCAGGAAAGUCAGAAAUCCACAACAACGAAAAUGAUAUUCGGAAUAUACCCCAGAUGGGCCCACCUGGUUUACCUGGACCUCCAGGGCCUCCUGGGGUCCCUGGCACCAAGGGUGAAGUUGGCCUACCAGGACCUCCAGGACAUGAUGGAGAGAAGGGGCCGCGAGGGAAGCCCGGAGAACCUGGUCCCCCAGGCCCAGCUGGUCCUGAAGGUCCCCGAGGGGAGGGUGGUCUCAUGGGCUUCCCAGGACCCAAGGGAGACAAGGGAGACAUGGGCCCAUCUGGAUCACCUGGUCCUAAAGGCGAGUCUGGGGAGGGAGGAAGGUCAGAAAUGAUCUAUGGUCCUCCAGGGCCUCCCGGACCCCAAGGACCAGUUGGCCCAGCAGGACCUCAAGGACAUUCAGGGCCUAAGGGAGAGCCAGGCAUAGGAAUCAGAGGAGAAAAGGGAGCCACCGGUCAGAAAGGCGAUAAAGGAGACAGAGGCCACCUUGGACUCCCUGGUCUAAUAGGACCAGCGGGUGUGCCAGGACCAGCAGGACCAAAGGGAGAGAGAGGUGUAAAGGGAGACACAGGCGUACCAGGACCAAUUGGGCCUCAAGGCAUCCCUGGUUUAGUAGGACCACAAGGAAUCAAAGGCAACCGGGGAGAGAGGGGCAAGAAAGGCAACAGGGGGGCCAAAGGGGAUAAGGGAGACCAAGGAGCACCUGGAUUAGAUGCCCCCUGUCCGUUGGGUGACGAUGGCUUACCUGUACCAGGCUGUUGGAAUAAAUGACGAUAAUUUUGGAAUGGCAUGUGUGAUUGUACAUAGAAUAUUUAUUUUUUUACUUUUUACCUGCUCUGUUAUACUUGGAAAAAAGUUAGAAAAUCCUAAAAAGAUAUCGCAAGAUUUUUGUACAGAUUGUUUAUUUUUAAUACUUAUGAUAAUGUUUAUGUAUUGGAUUUUUAUAUCUAUGCAUUUUAAUAUGGUUGAAUAAGGAAAAAUUAUAAUGUGGCUACAUAUGCAUGAUAUUUGUGCAUAAUGUGAAGUGGAUAUUGCCUAUUAACUUAUUGUACCAAAUUGUUUUGUUCUGUUGUAAUAGACCAUGCUGCACUGAUAUGUGGGGCUGGAAAGAUGAAGUGUUAGCCUUUUGAAAUUCUUAGUUGAACUCUCCUCUGUGUGAUAAGAUGUUUUACACAACAACAAAAAAAAUGCA